CUUUACAAUUGACAAUUAGUUCCUAGUAUAGGAUUGUCACACUCGUUUCUCAAGUCAUGGUCGCCCACGGCUUUCUCGCUCGGCUAACAGCCGCAGCUCUCUGUCUCCUUGCUAUCCCUAUAUCGACCGCUGUACCUAUUGAAAAGCGCACUGGCGUUGUGCCAACUCUCUCUGGCGGAGAGAAUGCUAUGGGAGGCGGCACUUACCCUCGUGCCAACUAUCUUUCCGACGGAUCGAUCAUUGGAGCUUAUACAGCAUUUUCAAAUGGCGACAGCAUCCUUACCGUUGUCCACUCUACGGACAAUGGGGUUACCUGGAACCAAGUUGGCACUGUGGCUCGCGGGGCCACGGCCACAACUGACAUUGAUAACCCAUAUCCAUUCCAACUCCCAUCAGGCCGUAUCCUGCUCGUCUUUAGAAACCACGAUCGCUCUAACGGUGGUUAUACUUUCUUCCGCAUUACUAUCUGCUACUCUGACGACAAUGGCGUAAACUGGAGCUACCUCAGCACUCCAGCCUCUGACCCCGGCCCAAUCAACGGAAACUGGGAACCGUUCCUCCGACUAGCUGAAGAUGGCAAGACUUUGCAACUUUAUUAUUCUCGCGAAAACUCUGCAGCCGACCAGGACAGUCUGAUGCGCACUUCGACCGAUGGUGGUGCAAGCUGGACUUCGGCCACUGUCAUCUCCGGCGCCGACUCCAACAAUCAACGUGAUGGUAUGCUUGGUGUUGCGCAAAUCUCCGGUUCCAACCUCAUCGCAAUCUUUGAAUCUGAGACAAACGGCGGUAAAUUCUCAGUCCACUCAGUUACCAGUUCCGACGAUGGCAAGACAUGGGGUAACCGUAAGACUGUCUAUGCUCCUUCUGGCUUCAAUGCUCAAGCUCCACAAAUCACCAAUGUCGGUGGUACCCUCGUUGCUAGUUUCCAGACUGAUGAGGAUGGUGGUUCCGGAGAGGCUAUCAAGAUCUUGACUAGCGGUGAUGGAGGUGCUACCUGGGGUAACAAGUUGACUACCUUCCCUGCAACCAGCAACUGGGCUGGUCUGUUGACAUUGAACGACAAUGCCAGCUUCUUGAGUCUGGCUGACCACUCUGGUGCCAAAGCUCAGAAGGUUACCCUCUCGUAGAGGUUUAAAUAGGAUAUCUCUCAUUUAAUCCUUUCACACUCUCGUUCUUGAUACGGCAGAAUAGUGCCCGCACCAAUUUCUUAUUGUAAAAACCUGUACACAGUUUUAGUACAUAAAUAUUCAUAUUGUCAUCAACGGUUUUUAGUCUUGCUUGGUCGCCUGUAUUGCCUUUGAUCAAUCACUUCAAUU